AUGUCCAUGGGAGAGAUCCGUCAGAAGAUGCAGCCUGCGUCCGAGCACCUUGCAAAGCCAUUGCCAGCCUCUGAACGGUUGGCGAGAGCACAGAGGCAGCAGGCCCGCAUCACCGGAUUGGUGUACACUCCCGAGACCACACCUUCGCACUACUUAGUGGACUUGUUCAACGACCAGCUUGAGCAAGGUACCAUAAGCUGGGUAGCUCCGGAGAAGUGCGCCUCUCGGGCUGAGGAAAUGCAGCAGAGCAAGAAGGAUCGCGCCCUUCAGCUCACCUUGGACGGGCAAAUCAAGGUCCAAGCCAAGUCGGGUGAGGUGCGCUGCAAUGCGAGUACGGAUUCAAAGCUUCGGGCCGCUUGGCAGCGGCGCUCACUUGCUAUGGACAUGGCAGGCUUGGCAACCUUCAUUGCGGUUGAGAGGUGGGUACAUCAUUUGUUUGCCACUUUCGCAAGGGAGGUUCCUGAUGGCUAUGCGCCCAUCCAGCUCAAGCAGUUGGUCGAGGCGGACAAGAGGCUCUUCAUGCUAGCAGCCGAGUGCCUUCCGGCCGACCUCAGGGCCGCACGUGCUGGAGAGGAGACCCCUCUUGAUAAGCAAAUUGGCUUGCUCAUGUACUCUCCUGAGAUAUCGCAGUACUUG